UAGUAUGGCAACCGAAAACUUGAACAUAUCAAAAGAUUCUACACCAGCAGCUACGUCGACGACGACUGCGACGGCAACUGUUGAAAGGAAACCUCUUUAUGAAGCAAGUACACAGUACAGAAACUGGAGAUACUCACCCGCAAAAUUGGCCAAUGUCCGAGCAUCGCUCAACACUGCGGCUGUCACCGCCAUCCGGACAAAGUUUGAAGUAGAUGAACCAGGAUCAUCAUCAACAGUAUCGUUCUUAGAUGCUGAUGAAGAGCAGCUGCUCGUGAAACUAUAUAUCAGUAAAAUACCACAGUUAUGUGGCCACUUCCGUUUCCCAGAAGAAGUCGAAGCUACAGCCAUAAGCUAUCUAAAACGCUUUUAUCUCAAAAAUACUGUGAUGGACUGGCACCCAAAAAAUGUCAUGUUGACUGCUCUCUUUCUCGCUUCCAAGACAACAAAUAAUCCCAUAACGCUGGAGUCCUAUACUACUCACAUUCCCAGGACUUCACCGUCAGAUGUGCUGGACCUUGAGUUUCUCGUCGCGCAGAGCCUGGGUUUCGAGUUUGCAAUAUGGCACGCACACCGUGCACUAUGGGGCAUCUGGCUAGACCUGCAGAGUCUACUAGACGCUCCCGCUGACCGUCCAGAAGAGAUCUACAAUACCGCUUUAGGUCGUGUGCGGUCUUCUCGAUUGACGGAUGUAGAGCUUAUCUACACCCCACCUCAAAUUGCGCUAGCAUGUCUAUCUCUCGCAUCCCCUGACCUAGCAUUGCAGUGGGCUAAUUCCAAGUUUGCUUCUCCUACUUCGUCACCGACGUCGACACCGUCCCCGACAUCCAGUGCAUUACAGACUAUUGUAGAAGCCAUCAAACUCGUUAUUACGCAGUUCGGGAAACCGCCAGACAUCGAAUCUGUUCGAGAGGUCGACCGUCGUCUUAGACUGUGCAAGAACCCAGAGAAAGUUAUUGGAAGCAAGGCAUAUGUAGCAAGGAAGACAGAAGAAGAACGUCGCGCAGAAGAAAAGCGCAAUCGAAAAGCACAAGUAGCUCGCCGCGCUAUGGACGAAAGCGACCCGUUCGGGACUGGAAUCAGCGGUCGCGAGAAGGGGGAGAAACUGGAAACCAUAGAUGAUGAUGAUGACGACGACGAAUAACGUGCUAGCAUCUGUCCAUAGCUUCGGUUGUCCUUGACUUCGAUCGCUAAGAUAACCCUCGCAUACUUAGUUCGCCAUGGAUUUUAUUGUAUUACCACCAUUCUGUACUCCUAUGACAGCUUAAGCAUAUACAUUUCCACCGAGACAUAGAAGCAUGCGAAAAUUUGCUGUAGGAAUAUAAUCUGGCGACAUCGGCUGCAUAUUGACCUCCUUUAGUUCCUAGUCUGUGCUUGCCGCAUUGCUAACCGCCUUCUGGGCAGUGGUCAUCGAGAUGUGGGAUGUGUGAGACGACUUCGCGAGAUGGUG